AUGGGAAAUAUAAGCGUGGAACAAAAUGAUCCAUGCUUAUUUCGUUUAGCUUCUACUUUUUCAUCUGAUCAGAUAGAUUGUAUUUGUGAAGCACUUUAUCAAGCACGUGAUGGUGAGAAAUUAUUAGAAUUAUUUCAACCUAAUGUACAUAAUGUUAUGUAUUACCGGUGCCGAUAUUAUUCAAGUUCUGUUCUUCGUGCUUAUCUUUAUGCUUUAUAUUACGGGAAACGUUAUGAAGAACUAUUUCAGACAAUAGCAUCAAAUACCUUCGAACAACGAUUUUAUAAUGAAUUGCAAGACUUAUGGUAUAAGGCACGCUAUGCUGAGAAUGAAGAACGACGACAAAAAGAAUUAGGUGCUGUAGAGAAAUAUCGUUUACGAAAGAAACAUCCACCACCACGAUCCAUUUGGGAUGGACAGGAAACUAUUUAUAGUUUCAAGGAAAAUGCUAGAAAGUUAUGA